AUGACUUCGACGCAGGAAGGCGAGACGAUAGAGGAAGAGAGAUUGAAGGUGGAAGAUCUCCAACAGAGCAAACUGGAAGACGACAGCAGAAUGCAUGAAGACGGCUUGCGAGAGGACCGACUGCCAGAGGAGGACAUCCAGGUAGACGGCAUGAACGACGAUCGCACACAAGAAGAGGCACUCCACGACGCAAGGAUGGAUGAACGACCGGAGCACGAGAGACUGGAGAGCGAGAGACUGGAACACGAGAGUUUGGAACACGAGAGUCUGGAACAUGAGAGAAUGGACGAGGAGCGCAUUCCGACUUAUCCUUCCCCUUUGCCAGAGGAGCGACUCCAGGAAGCCGAUCGAAUGCAAAACUAUCCUUCGCCUUCGGCCGAGGCUCAAGACAGCGGCCCUUACUAUCACGCGGAUACGCGGGACGAUGAACACCAAGACCAGCAACAGCCGCCGCCCACGCCACAGCAGCCGUCGGCACACUCCGCCAGUGUGGAGGAGUUGCAGUUGGCUGCCCAGCUUGGCCAGGAUCUUGCAGCAGAGCCCAUGAUGCACGUCACAGAUCCCGGCAUGAACGUCGAAGAUCCGAGUCUUCGUAGCAUCAUGCCCAAUCCUCAUUCCCAUUCUCAUUCGGAGCAACCUCAACCCCAACAACAACAGCCACAGGCACAGGCACAGGCCCCAACCCCGGCCCAGACACAGACGCAACCGCAGACGCAGGCUCAGACACAGGCUCAGCAGCACCAGCACCAGCACCAGCACCAGCACCAGCACCAGCACCAGCACCAGCAACAGCACCCUCAUCAGCACCCUCCCCUCCCGCCUGCCUCUCGUUCUUACGUGCCCGAGGAAGCAUUGCCCGAGUCCCUACAGCAGCACAUGCCUAUGUCCAUGCCCAUGGACCAUCAUCAUCUUGCUCAGCCAUACGCCCUUGGUGAUAGUACCCCGCCUAGAAAACGGUCCAAGGUAUCUCGCGCGUGUGACGAGUGCCGGAGAAAGAAGGUCAAAUGUGAUGCCCAGUCAGAUGCUGGAGACAGCCCAUGCUCCAACUGCAAGCGGUCUGGCAUCCGCUGCAUGUUCAGCCGUGUUCCUCAGAAGCGCGGCCCAAGCAAGGGAUACAUCAAAGAACUUGCCGACAGGAUCAACAGCAUUGAGGGCAAGUUGGAGAUCCAAAGCCCUGGUGAGGACACCAGCCGGAAACGACCAUUCUCCAGCAUCUCCAGUACCGACCUCACUACCCCAGCGCCACAGAGACAGGUCGUCUGGGGCAGCGAGCCUCGUCCGCUUCAGCCUAUAACAACACCGUCUGAUCGUUACCAGCCAUCCCCCUUCGCCACCAAUGGCUUGGCACCUCAGCCUAUGGCUUUGCCUAUCAAGAAUGACAUGCAGCCGCGACCCCCCGUUGCAUCAAUGGAUGGCCCUGUGGCUGACAUGCCUGAUAUCGACCAGGCGCGGGAUGUGGACGAAGAGGUUUUCAACGGCUACCUCACUAUGAUCCAUCCUUACUUUCCAUUUCUGCCGAGCAGCAGGGCGCUAAUCCAAGAAUAUCUGGCCCAGUGCCCCGGUCUUCUGCGGGAAGCAUUCGUAGAGGCUCUGUCGGGAACCAUCCACUCAUUCCCUUCGUUCCAGUCGGGCACCCCUGGAGACGUACGCCUUGCCCAUACGCUCUUAGUAGAAUGGGAGGCUAGCGAUUCGACCUCUCGGACUGCUGUUGCCAACCUCGUUUUCCUUCAGACACUUCUCCUCAUGAUUAUUGAGGCUGACAUUCGACCACUGGGCUCCAUCGGCGCACCCAAGGAAUCCCUAUUGGGCAGAGCGGUAGCGAGCGCCAACACCCUGAAGCUGUACCAGGCCAAAGCAGAUCUUUCCGAGGCUGAAGUUGGCCCAGAUAACGAAAGCCAGCUUCGUGUCAGGAUUUGGUGGUCGUUGGUUUUGCUCGAUCGAUGGAAUGCUGUGGGUGCUGCGGUGCCUUCAUUGAUCCGAGAUGAAAGCGUGGUUCUGGCACCUGGCCUCAAGGCAGUCAUUGGCGAAGUGCCGUACCUGCUGAUCCGUGCAUCUAAGUUCCUCAGCCGUGCAUCAUCCAUGAUUACCAACUUCCAAGAGCCCCUCAACUCAACCUUUGCAGACCGUAUGGUGGGUUCUUUCAUGGAUGCGUGGGUAGAAGACUUUCGCGAGGAUCUGCCUGCCCAUAUCGAGCCCGACACUUAUCCUGUUGUCCAUCUGGUCUAUUGGCAUUGCCGCCUACUGGCGUAUCUACUCAACCCAUCUGCCAAAUCGACCGACGUCUUGUGGCCCAGUCAAGAGUUGAUCAACCUCCUGAUUGGCCAUUCACAGCUCAUCACGCCCUUGCACCAUCACUUUACAGUUCUUGCGGUGCUAACGCUAGUCGAGUUGGUAAAGGUGGACAAGACAAGAGAGGAGGCCACAAGGCUUCUUGGUGAAUUCCGAGAUUCUUCACUUCCUUCUUCCGUCUUUGAUGGACUGGUUAGGGACAAGAUUGCUGAUCACCUUCGUCCAUCCACCAAUACUGCCGCAGCCCCACCUCCGUCAGCCAUGGAGGCAGCUGCGAGCCAAGGUCUACAGCAUCUGGCCGAUUUGGCAACUCUUUCAUCAGCGGCGGUGGAAAAGACAGAGGAGGCACCCGCCUACCGCACUGCGCCCGGCUACGAAGACAUGGGCUUCGACCCUCGGCCGUUACUGCUUGUCGGUUAUCUCAAUGUUGUCCGCGCAACUCAACAAGCAGCCUAG